AAAAAUUCAUUAGAAUUAAGAAGAGUUGAGAGAUUGUCAGGCAAAAAAAAAGUGUAAAGGAGAGAAAAUUAUCGAUCUGUGUCACAUAGAAUCAACUGAUGAUGGAAGAUUAACUAUUUUUGAGAUAUCUAUUUAAGGUCAAGGCACAAAAAGUGACUAAAAUAAAUCCAAUUAUUCAAUCGCACACAUUUGAGACGUAAUUAGUAGAUAUAUAACAUUUAUCACCCUUCGAUUAUAAGAACAGUAGAUAAUUAUGGCAAAUACUGCACAUUUAUUUAGAAGGCAAAGUAGUAGAGAUUUGAAUGGAAGUCAUCGUGAUUAUACGAAAACACUUGAUGAACUUGAACUGAAGCGAUUGAAAGAGAAAUUAGUUCGUGCUGAGAGUCUAGGUGGAAGAACCCUUUAUGGAGCAACAAAUCAGGCAUUCAUUUCAGAUGAUGUACUUACGUCAAGACAUCAUAAUAAGCCACCAUCUUUACUUGACAUAUUUGAAGAUCCUCAACCGUCAAUAUCAGCUCCAUUGCAACCACCAGUUGAGCCUUUACAAGAUGACAAUAUUAUCGCUGAUGAAGCACAAGGCGAUGAACGUGAAAGCUGGGAUAGUAAAAUGACUUUCAUAUUAGCUACAAUUGGCUAUGCUGUUGGUCUUGGUAACGUCUGGCGUUUUCCAUAUUUAGCACAAAAAAAUGGCGGUGGUGCAUUCUUAGUGCCGUAUUGGAUAAUGUUAUUCAUUCAGGGAUUACCGAUAUUCUUUCUUGAAUUAGCUAUUGGUCAAAGAUUAAGAAAAGGAGCCAUUGGUGUUUGGAAUGAAGUAUCUCCGUAUCUGGGUGGAAUUGGAAUAUCAUCAGCAAUCGUGUCUUUCAUCGUAGCAUUAUACUACAAUACAAUUAUUGGCUGGUGUCUCAUCUACUUAUUCCACAGCUUUGAGAAUCCACUUCCAUGGUCAGAAUGUCCAGUUCACUUAAAUCCAAACAUGACGUACUAUUAUGAGAAAGAGUGUAAUGAUUCAUCUCCUACGCAAUAUUAUUGGUACAGAUCAACACUCAUGUCAUCACCAAGUGUGAAUGAGCCAGAACAAUUUAAUUUUCCAAUUGGAAUAGCUCUAAUCGUUGCAUGGACACUGAUUUAUCUGUGCAUGGUUCAGGGAAUUACAGAGAGCGGAAAAGUCGUUUAUAUAACAGCAAUUUUCCCCUACGUAGUUCUAAUUAUCUUCUUCUUUCGAGGCAUAACUUUGAAAGGUGCAACAGAUGGUAUAGCACAUUUAUUUACACCGAAAUGGGAAAUUCUACUAGAUCCUGUUGUUUGGCUGGAAGCGGGAACACAAGUCUUUUUCUCUCUAGGACUUGCAUUUGGUGGAUUAAUUGCAUUCAGUAGUUAUAAUCCUGCCAACAAUAAUUGCUUUCGUGAUGCGCUUCUCGUCUCGUUUACAAAUUGUGGAACUUCCAUGUUUGCCGGUGUCGUUGUGUUCUCUAUAAUCGGUUUCAAAGCCACUGCUGCAUAUGAUGCAUGCGUCGAAAGAAAUGAUACGAAAAAUGAGAAAUGUGAUCUUCAAGCAGAACUGUCAAACAGUGCGUCUGGAACAGGUCUAGCAUUUAUAAUAUUCACGGAAGCAAUCAAUCAAUUCCCUGGCAAACAGUUAUGGGCUGUUCUAUUUUUUCUAAUGCUGUUUACAUUGGGAAUUGACUCACAAUUUGGUACUUUGGAGGGUGUCAUAUCAUCAUUAGUUGAUAUGAAGCUAUUUCCUAAUUUACCGAAGGAAAAAAUUACUCUGAUACUUUGUGUUUCAUGCGGUGCUCUAUCCAUUACAUUUGCAAAUGGAGCUGGAAGUUACAUUUUCCAAUUGAUGGAUAGUUUUGCAGGCAGUUAUACACUCUUGAUUAUUGCGUUCUUUGAGUGCGUUGGUGUUAGCUAUGUUUAUGGACUGAGGAGAUUUGCAGAUGAUAUAGAACUAAUGACGGGGAGCAGACCACACAUAUAUUGGAUGCUGUGCUGGAAAUAUAUUAGUCCAAUUGCAAUGUUAACAAUACUUAUCGCUUCAAUUUAUAAUUUAUUAGUUAAUGGCUCAAGUUAUCCUGUAUGGAACCCUGAAUUAGGAAUAACAGAAGAUAAGGAGUGGCCCCAUUGGUGCAUAUUUUUGGCUUGUUGUCUUAUAGGAGUAUCAGUUUUAUGGAUUCCAGUUGUAGCCCUUGGACGAUUAUUUGGAAUAGUAAUAGUUGAAGAUUCCGACCCAGCCUGGUUUCCAACAGCAGAAUUACGUGAUGUUAAUGGAAUUGUUCCACACGAUCCAACCGAAUUUGAACAGGCAAUAUUUUGUUUCCAACCUGAUGGUUCUGAAGGUAUGUGUUGUCCAACAUUUAUAAGUAAUCCCGAAGAAGUAUUACAAGAAGACGAGUAAAUCCAUAUCAAUUUUAAAUUUUUCGAUAGAAUUAAAUUAACAAACAUUUCAUAUCUUAUUUGACAUUAAUUAAAUUAUGAAUGAAAUUUAAUCCCAUCACAUUACAAAACUCAUCAGCAUUAAGUAAUUGAGUAAAUGUAAGUAUUACGUUUGAC